AUGGCUGGUUUGAGCAAUGUCCACAUGAAGACCCUGGAGGACCUGACGCUGGACUCCGGCUACGGCGCGGGGGACUCCUGCAAAUCCCUCAGCCUGUCCUCCUCCAAGUCCAACUCCCAGGCCUUCGUGACGGCCCCCCACAGGGGGAACUGGUGGUACUACUCCGGGUCCAUGAACAGCAGGAACAACAGCUGGGACACCGUCAACACCGUCCUGCCCGAGGACCCGGAGGACAUCUUCUCCAAGUGCCACCGGCUGCCCGAGCUGGAGGAGUUCCCCUGGACGGACCAGGAGGUGGCCGGGAUACUGCGCAAAGUGGCCGAGAGCGGGAGCGCCCAGUGCGGGGCGGCACCUGUGUUCUCCCCGGAGGCGGUGAGGCGGCUGUCCGCCCUCCUCCGCCGGGCUCUCAUCCGCAUCUCCCGGGAGGCCCAGCGGCUCAGCGUCAUGCACUGCCGCUGCACGCGUUUCGAGGUGCACAGCGCCAUGAGGCUGGUCCUCAGCUGGGCCCUGGCCGACCACUGCGUCUCCGCCACGGUCAAGGCCAUCUCCAUGUACUGCAUGAGCGCGGGCGAGCUGCUGAGGAAGGGCAAGUCCGCCCGCUGCGGCCUCUCCUUCUCCGUGGGCCGCUUCUACCGCUGGAUGGUGGACACCCGCAUCUCCGUGCGCAUCCACGAGUACGCGGCGAUCUGCCUGACGGCGUGCAUGGAAGCCCUGGUGGAGGAGGUCGGCGUCAGGGUGCUAAUGGCCGAGAGGGGUCACUCAGGGCCGGACUCAGGGUUGGGAUGCUCCUCAGUGAGUGCGGAGGCCCUGGAGGGGGUCGUGAACAAUGAUGCCGAGCUGUGGGGAGUCCUUCAGCACUACGAGCACCUGAUCUGCGGGAAGAACGCCAACGUUGCAACACUCAGGGCCUCGCUUGUCAUCUGCGCACAGCCCAAGCAGGAGACGUGUCUGUUGACCUUCCAGUUCGUCCACUCCAUUAAGCUGGCUGUUCAAGUGCAGUGGGUUCACCUGUUGCCAUUCACUGCAGUUGGAGCUACUUAG